GAAUUUUUUGUCCUUACCGUUUCCCUUCUGCAGACAAAUUUUCCCUUAUAAAUAACAAAGACAACUCAUUAUUUUGGAUGCAAAAGCACGUUUUGGUAGCGAGCUUUUUUCAGUAGAAUUAAGUUGUAAUGGCUGAACUCGCUAAAGAGCGUACACUAGAGGAAACACCGACAUGGGCUGUUGCUGUGGUCUGUUUUGUGUUGCUUGCAGUUUCAAUCUUCAUUGAACAUACGAUCCACCUCAUAGGAAAGUGGUUAGCAAGGAAACACAAGAGAGCUCUAGUUGAAGCACUUGAGAAGAUCAAAUCUGAGCUUAUGCUGUUGGGAUUUUUAUCCUUGCUCCUAACUGUGCUGCAAGGACCAAUCUCUGAGAUAUGCAUAUCAAAAAGUAUUGGAGCCACUUGGCAUCCCUGCAAAUAUAAUAAGUCAUCAAAAUCUGGAAAGAAUGGUAGGAAACUUCUUGAGUUCUUCAAUCCCAGGCGCAGAUUAGCAGUAAAAGGAUAUGAUUACUGCACAGAGAAGGGAAAAGUAGCCUUUGUGUCUUCAUAUGGGAUUCACCAACUCCAUAUUUUUAUCUUUGUGUUAGCAGUUUUUCAUGUGCUCUACUGCAUCCUUACCUUGGGUUUGGGAAGAUACAAGAUGAGAACAUGGAAGGUUUGGGAGAAAGAGACAAAAUCAAUUGAAUACCGCCAGUUCUAUAAUGAUCCAGAAAGGUUUAGGUUUGCAAGGGAUACAUCAUUUGGACAAAGACAUUUGAACUUCUGGAGCAAGUCACCAGUCUCCCUCUGUAUUGUCUCUUUCUUUAGACAAUUUUUCCACUCAGUUACAAAGGUUGAUUACUUAACUCUGAGGCAUGGAUUUAUCAUGGCACAUUUGGCACCAGGAAGUGAGUCAACAUUUGAUUUUCAGAAGUACAUAAACAGAUCAGUUGAAGAGGAUUUCAAAGUUAUUGUGGGGAUCAGUCCAAUUAUAUGGUUCUCUGCAGUGCUGUUCUUGCUGUCCAACACUUAUGGAUGGUAUUCUUAUAUUUGGCUACCAACCAUCCCUUUAAUUAUAGUCCUAACGGUUGGAACCAAACUACAAGUGAUUAUAACAAAGAUGGGGCUGAGGAUUCAGGAGAGAGGGGAUGUGGUAAAGGGUGCACCUCUUGUUCAACCCAGCGAUCACCUCUUUUGGUUCGGAAGCCCCCGCUUCAUGCUCUAUCUCCUCCACUUUGUUCUCUUUCAGAAUGCAUUUCAAAUGGCCUUCUUUGCAUGGAGUACAUAUGAGUUUGGGAUAACUUCUUGCUUCCACCGGAGCACUGAAGACAUUGUCGUCAGGCUCUCAUUCGGGGUCAUUGUACAAGUUUUAUGCAGUUAUGUGACUCUGCCUCUCUAUGCUCUAGUAACUCAGAUGGGUUCGACCAUGAAACCUACCGUUUUCAAUGAGGGAGUGGCAGCAGCACUGAAAGAUUGGCACCACAAAGCCAAAAAGAACACAAAUCACAGCCACCAUUCACCUUCAACCACCCCAUUCUCAAGCAUGCCGCCAAGUCCCACGCGCGGCACGUCCCCAGUUCAUCUGCUGCACAACCACAACUACCGCAGCAAUGACGAUGAAUUUUACGUAUCUCCGAGGCGAUCAAACCUUGAAAUGGGUCAUUGGGGCACUGAAGGGUCCUCACAUUCACCAAACAACAAUGUUGGAGCUAGUGACGGGGAUGAGAUUAGGCAAAAGACCAACGUUAGGGAUCUGGAUCAAGAGCCUGGCUCAACGGAAUUGCCUCGAUCUCCUCUUCCAGUUCGUCGUACCCAGUCUCAGCAUGAAGUUGCCAUUAGUUCAUCUGAUAUUUCAUUUGGAAAAGGCAACUGAACAAGUAGAUGUAGUUGGAUCAUAGAACAUGCUGCUAACCUCUUAUUUCUCUCUUUUUUUCCUUCCUAUUUUGGUACACUAUAUUUGGUUGAGCAUUGCAGCAGUAUAUAGUGGCUAGGAGUAGGAUGUUUCCAUUCAAUUGUAUUGUACGUAGAAAAGUUUACUGCAGAUGCAUAUGAUGGUAAUGUGAAAUUUUUGCUCUUUCAGGCAUCACACAUUGUACUUUA